UAAACAUUAUUACAAUAACAAUAUCAAUCUGGUAGAGACAUACAGCUGUAAAAUAAAAAAGCAUGCCUCUGGAAAACUGGCAAUAAUUGGUUACAGGCUUACGGCACUUGAUUAAUGAAGAGUACAUUUAGCGUACAACAUUAUUCAUAUUGAGGGUUGUUUGCUUCAACCAGUGGAAAGGAAGAAAUACUGGGUUCACAGUGGAAAGUAAAAGAAAGGAAUGUACCCUACAACUAUCUGGGCGCUUUGGAGGUAUGGUAUCAUUCUCCUAUUACCAGAAUUGGGAAGUAAGGCAAAAGUUACUUUCUGAGAUAUUAAAGAAUUAUUAUUUGCUUGUAUCCAAGUACUAAGCCACUAAGAAUGUGUUAAUAGUAAUAUUCUCUGCCUUCUUUAUAAAUAUGCAAUGCAAGGGAUGCUCUUUCCCAUUUUAUCUAGUUCCAGGUGCAUAUAAUAUUUUAUGCCUAAAGUUGGAUAUCAAGUAGAGAAGAUGGAUGGAAGUCCAAUACCUGAUGAUGAUAAUGGAGGACUUGUUACCAUACUUAGCAUUGAUGGAGGAGGGGUACGUGGUGUUAUCCCAGGGUAUAUUCUAGCCUUCCUUGAGGCCGAACUUCAGAAACUUGAUGGUGCAGAUGCGCGGAUAGUGGACUACUUUGAUUAUAUUGCAGGGGCAAGCACUGGGGGGAUCGUGACAGCAAUGCUUACAAAGCCUUCCACACAAGAUGGCCAACCCUGUGCUGCAAAAGAAAUCAAUACAUUUUAUCGUGAAAAAGGCCCAAAAAUAUUUUCUGAAGCAGCAGAGAAUUUGAAUAUCUUCAAACAAUAUGUUGAAAGUUAUGUCUCUCGUCUAGAAGAAUCUGAAUCAACGUGGUUUCGCAAGAAGAUAAAGGGCUGUAUAUCACGGGCUAUGAAAGUUGGGGCGUGGCUUGGGGCAAAGUCAUUGGCUUCUCUAUAUAGCAGCGAGCCUCUUGAAGAAGCAAUCACUGAGAUUCUUGGAGAUUUUCGCUUGGCUGAUACUUCGACAAAUGUUGUUAUUCCUGCUUAUGACGUGGCUCGCCUCCAGCCUGUCAUAUUCUCUACACAGCUGGCUAAGAGGAAGAAAUCUGCUGUGAAGUUGGCUGAUGUGAUCAUGAGCACAACUGCUGCUCCUUAUUAUUUCCGUCCACAUAAGUUCUCUGUUGGUGGUGAAAAUUAUACUGUAAUUGAUGGCGGAAUAGCAGCCAACAAUCCUUGUGAUUCAUCAAACAUGGUGUUAUGGAUCAUUCAGACAAUCUUUGCCAUGCAUGAAGUGUCAAGGAUGAAUGCACACAAGACAAGUACUGCAAUUGAAGAUCCAGAUUACAGUAAAUUCUUGGUUCUGUCUCUCGGGACGGGAAGUGGAAAGCUAGAUGGUCAUGAAGUUCUAGAUGGAGGUUUACUAGGUUGGUUUAACCCGCUAACAGGAUCGCCACCAUUGGUUGACGUUCUCUUCAGAGCUUCUGAUGCCAUGGUAGACAGGUGCACGUCACUUAUACUAGGGCGACACAACUGUCUGCACAAUUUCCUCCGAGUUCAGGAUUCCACUUUGCCCGGCAACCAAACCAAGUUACAUGAUGCAAGCAAAGACAACAUUGAUGCCUUGGAGAGCAUUGCCAAAGAGCUUCUGAAUCAGUCCAUUAAAGUGGUUAACCCAGCAUCAGGAUUGCACGAAACGCCUAAUGGAAACUUGUUUGUAAAUGGAAGGGUGCCCACCAAUCGCGAGGCUAUCACUUGCUUUGCAAGAAGGUUGUCGGCAGAAAGAAGGCGCCGGGCGGAACAGUGAUUUAUGUCGGAACUUUGAGCAUUGCUUCAUAUAUGGGAAGGACUAAGGAGUUAGCUCAUCAAUCAUUUAUUCCCGCCAUCUAUUUGGUUGCAUGAUUGUAUCGCCUGCUUUCUCAUUAUUACACGUCUAUAACAAAUUUAAAAUAAAAUUAUAUCAUUCAUUCCUUCAAUUUGGAAAGAUCAUGUAUUAAUCAAGAACAUUUGAUGUUGUUUUGUUUUAAAAAAUAAAAAAUAAGUGAUAUAUUCCGUUUAUUAGAGUAAUAAAUAAUUAAAUAUUAGUUGAGAAGUA